AUGCUCAUGUUUGUACUCAAAUGUCUUUUUUUGAGUUUUGUUGCUGUCUUCACUUCACCCUCGAUUGUGCAAGGUUCAAACUUCUGUGAGUACCCGGCAAUUUUCAACUUCGGCGACUCAAACUCAGACACCGGAGCCAUAUCAGCAGCAUUCACAGUGGUGCUUCCUCCCAAUGGCCAAAACUUCUUGGGAAAUAUCUCGGGAAGGGCUUGUGAUGGUCGUCUAAUAAUUGAUUUCAUAACUGAAGAAUUGAAGCUAACAUACCUCAGUGCUUAUUUGAACCCGGUUGGAUCCAAUUACAGGCAUGGUGCCAACUUUGCAACAGGAGGCUCAUCAAUUCUUCCUGGUGGUUACAGUCCUUUUCAUCUUGGUCUUCAAAUAUCGCAGUUCAUACAGUUCAAGUCCCGCACUAAGAUUCUCUUCUAUCAGCGCUCUGAUACCAACAGAACAAAACUAUCUUUUAAAAGCAGUAUUCCGAGACCUGAUGACUUCUCUAGGGCCUUAUACACUUUUGACAUUGGACAAAAUGAUCUUGCCUAUGGUUUUCAGCACAUGUCAGAGGAACAAGUUCGAGACUCCAUUCCUAAUAUCUUGAGACAAUUUUCCCAAUCAGUGCAGCAACUAUACAAUGAAGGAGCAAGAUUAUUCUGGAUUCACAACACAGGCCCCAUUGGGUGCUUGCCCUUAAAUUUCCUUUCUUAUGAGUCAAAGCAGGGUAAUCUGGAUGCCAAUGGAUGUGUCAAACCUCAGAAUGAGAUCGCUCAAGAAUUUAAUAGGCAACUCAAGGACCAAAUAUCUCAGUUAAAGAGAAAUCUUCCUCUAGCAAAGUUAACUUAUGUUGAUGUGUAUAAAGCAAAAUAUGAACUUGUCAGUAAAGCAAGGAAGCUAGGUUUUUUCAACCCUUUGAAGUUUUGUUGUGGCAGUUACCAUGGUUACCAAAUAACUUGUGGGAAGAAAAGCAUACAAAAUGAAACAGUUUAUGGUAAUGCAUGUAAAAAUGCAUCUCAGCUGGUUAGCUGGGAUGGCAUACACUACUCUCAAGCUGCAAACCUCCUGAUUGCAAAGCAAAUUCUUUCUGGUGUCUUCUCAGAUCCCCCAAUUUCCCUUAGGCAGGCAUGUUUAUGA